CGACUUGCACACCAUAAUCACUCUCUCGCUUUCUUUCCUCGAACCUGCACACCACAGUCAUUCUGUUGUUCAACCACCUUCACAAUGCAUUUCUCAAAGUUCUACGUCGCCAUCUCCCUGAUUUCUUCAGCUUUCGCGCUGCCUAUGACUAGCACGCCGAUUGAGAGAAGAGCGCUGCAAUUUCGCAAAUACGCCGAUUUUGAGAUUUCUGAUGGCAAGGCCGGAAACGCUUUGGCCGAGGCUCAGGCAAAAUUCCCGAUUGAUACAAGCAACUUGAAGGGUGUCUCCGCAAGCGACCUGGCCAUUAUCAACGCAGCUCGGGAGACUGCAGAGGCGGCAGAAACUGAUGCAUUCAACGGUCAGAUCAAGGCUGCAAGUGGUUCCGCGGCCACGACAUUGCAGAAUGGCAAGAUUAAGAACAAGGUUCUGAAAUUGUUCUUGGAGGUUACAGCCCUCCAGAUCCAGCAGGCUCAGGGGUCGAACAAGGCGUCUAAAAUUGCUGAAGAGCAAAAGAAGCUCAACAACAAUAUUAACCUGGAUAAAAAGGCGGCCGGUCAAGCAAGCAAGGGAGUUGUCUUUACGGGGGAUGUUCAACCUGACAACUAGGUCAAAUAAUUUUGUUAGGUGUUAAACAUUCAAAUACAAGCUACUUCCUAUCGAUG